AUGGGCACGAUUCUAGAUAUCGAGGGUAAGACAAAGCACACGAUCAAAGCUCGUCUUAAUUUGGAAAGAAUGGGCAUACGAAGAGGUUUAUGGAUUAACAGGGACGGUGAUAAAGCUAGAAGGGAUCUGGCAUUUUUUUCCAUGAAACCGAAUGACAAAAAAGAUUUUCUAAAGUUUGUAUCCUCUGUAAAGUUUCCCGAUUGGUAUGCUUCUAAUAUCGCGCGUUGCAUGAAUGUUGACGGGGGUAAAUUCAUUGGACUAAAGAGCCAUGAAUGCCAUGUGUUUAUGCAACGCCUACUUCCUGUGGGUAUUCGACACCUUUUGCCAGAAGAUCUAGUGAAACUAAUCAUGUUGUUGUCCAUAUUUUUUUUCCCAACUGACGGAAAAAACAUUGCGAAAGACAGACAUUAA